GCAAGUAUUUCUUCCUGGCUGCCCUCCUUUACUUUCCCAUCCCCAUUGAAGAAAUCCAUUUUCUUUUGCCUGAAUGCAUGCAAAAGAUAAAAGUUAGCGAGAUUAUGAAGGAUGUAAAAUGCUUGCAGAACAAUUACAGAGCUGCAGUUGUGCGAGGGUAUGCGAGAGUUUGUGAGCAGCAGAAUGGAAACAAUAGAUGGAAGACUAAGCAAAGAAUUGUGGUGGUGAAACCUCUGUUGAUAGGACAUUGUUGUUGGGUGGUUUCAGAGCAAGCCCAUGAACAUCAUCUUCCCACAUCCUGUUCAAAUUCAGUAAAGAAAGACAAGUUAAAGGGCACAACUUUCAACUUGUGCAUUUGGAAAAUACAUCUCACAGCUUGAGGCUUGGAAGUCAAAGUAAAAAGAAAAAUAAUUUCUAAGGAAGUUACUCAUGUCCAUUGAGGGUGGGAAAUCCCAGACUGAUGCUUACUUAUUCAGUUGGAGACAGUCUGACGUUGAAUUGUACAAUAUGGCAUUGUACUGGACGACCUGAGAUACACUGGUGCAAAAUCAUUUCAGAUAAGUGUCUGCCACUGAGUGAAGCAAACACAAAGCGGACAACUCCCAAUGACACAAAUAAUAAAACCGUUGUAGUCUACACAAUCUCUUCUGUUAACCUGACGGACAGUGGCAUCUACCAAUGCCACGCCACAGAGAUGACUGUAAGUUCAAAAGGAAACUCCAUCACUGUGAAUGUGUUCGAAUCAAAAGGACACAUUAGUGAGAACAACUCCACUGAGACUCCUACAAACUCCACAAUGAAGACAUCAGAUCCUCUCAGUACUCCGAUUUGGAUAUUUUACAGUAUUAUUGUCAUAGGAAUUUUGGGUACCGUCCUAUUUCUUGUGCUGAUCACAUAUUUCUGCAUCAGAAACUUUAAUGAACCUCAAGAAACAAGAGAACCCACUGACAACUGUCGAAGAAAUGAAGGUCAUGCUAUGACUGAAAUUAAUGACAAAUCUACAAUCUAUGAAAACACGAAUGAAUGUUCUGAAGAUACUGGCUCUGCAAUUCCAAAUUCAUUAACUGUUAAUAAUUGCAAUUCUCCUGGAAAUCACGGAAAUGAGACUUGCUUCUCCAAAACAGCUCCAAACAAUACAAUUAUUUAUGCUUCAUUGAACACAUCCAUGUUAUGCAGAAAGUCAUCAAUCACUAUCCCAAACGAAGAAGAUACGGAAUACGCUGCCAUAUUUAUUAAAAAUUAAACAAUAUUUCUUUAUUUAAAAAAGAGAUGGCACCAUUGGACAAGGACAGCCUUUUGCUACAAUUGUUUUUAGCCCUGCUGGGUCUGAGGAUCCUAACUAUUUUUUCAGGUGUUCCAUUCCAUGUGCUACCUUCCGUGAUGUUCGGGAUUUAUAACGGACAUCUCUCCAUACCUUCCUGUCAAUGGGCCUACUGUCAAUGAGCAGGAAAGAGUGCAAUUGUUGCCUUACCUUCACUUCUACCAAUUCUAACACUGAGCCAGAAAAUGACAUUUUUUUACUACACUGGUUUCAGAUACUUGACACAAGAAAGAGACUAAUUUUCAGAGCAUAGAACACUGCUUUCACAAAAAUAAUGACCUAUGUCGGAAGCUAUUUGUAUAUUUUAUGUUUUUUUAACUAAAUUAGGCAAUGAAUAUACAUGGGGACUUCUGAACAUGUGCUUUCGAUUUUUGUAAAAUGUAAAGUUUAGAAGAAUGAUUUUCAUUUGCCUGUGCUAAACUUGGACUUCUUACACAAUAAUUAUUUAACACAUGCAUUUAAAACAAAUAUUUUUAAUGAUUAAUAUUAAAUGGAUUAAUAUUAAAA